AUGUAUGACACGUUCGAUGACCAGUACGCAGCCACCAUCGGCAUCGAUUUCCUCUCCAAGACCAUGUAUUUGGAGGAUAACAAAACAGUCAGAUUGCAGCUUUGGGAUACUGCCGGCCAGGAACGGUUUCGGUCCCUUAUUCCCUCAUAUAUCCGAGAUUCUCACGUAGCCGUGGUUUGCUAUGAUAUAACGUCUAAAAAGUCAUUUGCCAGCUUGGAGAAGUGGGUCAAUGACGUGCGAAUGGAGCGUGGCGAUGAUGUUUUGGUGGUGAUUGUUGGAAACAAAUCCGAUUUGGGUGCAAAAAGACAGGUCACGGCCGAGGAGGCAGAGAACUUUUGUCGUCUGAUACAGGGUAAAUUUUUCAUUGAAACCUCCACCAAGGCCAACCAUAAUGUGAAGCUCUUGUUCAGGCGAAUUGCGCUGUGCUUGCCUGAGUUCAGCGAGGCUACAGAGGCAGAGAACCGUCUGGAGACUGUUGAAGUACACAUUGAAAACACACAGGACAAUGGUGGCCUGUGCUGUUAG